AUGUCAAACGAAGAUGGUGAUUCCGUUACAGAAGAUAUUUCAAUUCUUGAAGUUGAACAUUGCGAAGACGAAGAGCCAGAACCAACAAAUGAGAACGUCAACGUGGGCCACCCGUGGCCAUAUCUUUCCGAUAUGUUUGCUAUAAAGUCAAUAAGCAAAACGAAUGCGAAGGUAACCUGUUUACUCUGUGCUCCCAAGUACAAGGAAUGCAGUUCAAGUUUGUCUUCUUUGUCGAAUUUGCGCACACACGUCAAGGUAGGGAUCUUCCAAAUUUAACAAACAUAAAUUCAUAAUUACUAAUUAGUUACAAAUAACUAUGAAUAGUUUUAUGUUAUUUAAAUAUGUAUAACAUAACAUAUAAUGUUGUAUAAUUUUCCCAUAACUAUUAUUGAGCUAAUAGUAUUUAUCGAACUCUGGGGACGGAAUGUGACUGCCAUCAAUUAUAUGUCCUCUCAAGAAUAAAAAUCCCAUCAGAAUGAGUAAUACUGUGAACAGGUCAGUUACAUUUUGUUUAUUGUGUUGGGGCACUCAACUCCCUAUAUCUGACCCCUUGAUUAUGAAAGAUAUUCCAUUCUGUUGUUUAAUAUUUUUGCAUAAUUCAACGCUUUAGAGAGUUCAUCAACAUAAAUUAUCUGCCUUCAACAAGCUAUGUGAUGAGGCUAAAACUAAAAGAAAAAUGCCUUCAAGGAAAAGGAGUAAUAGUGAUGCCAGAGACAGUGGAGGACCAUCUGCUCCUAAACAACAAAAGUUGGAUGCUGUGCUUUCCUCUCAAGUUAAAUACAAUGCCAAUUUGGUUACUCAGGCCCAAGUGGAUGAUUUGCUGAUCAAGUUCAUGACAGAAGCUCUUAUGCCGUUCUCAUUGGUUCAUGAACAACCUGCAUUUAAAGAAUUUUUGUUAGGACUUCAACCAAAUCGAUCAGUAAUGUGCAGAGCUACAGUGGUGCGGCGAAUCAGUGACAAAGCCAGUCUAGUGAAGAAAAAUUUAAAAGAAGCCAUGGAUAAAGUUGAACAUGUUGCAACAACUACGGAUUGCUGGAGUGCUCAUGGCCGUUCACUCAUUGGUGUAACUGGACAUUGGAUUGAUCCCGAGACUUUGGAGAGAAAAACUUGUGUUCUUGCUUGUCGGCGUCUCAAAGGUAAACACACAUAUGAUGUACUUGCUAGCCAGUUGGAAGACAUUCAUACCGAAUUUGAAAUAAGAUCCAAAGUUUCUAAAACCACAACAGACAAUGGAUCAAACUUCGUAAAAGCCUUCUCUGUUUUUGCUGAACAAGAACAAGACAAUCAUGAUGAUCCAGAUAAAGAGUGUCAGUUUGAAGAUGUUUUUGAUGAUUUAACACAGGCGAGUGCAGGUCUGGAGUACCAGCUUCCACCACAUCAACGUUGCGCAGCACAUACUCUUAAUCUUAUUUCAACAUCUGAUGCAGAGAAAGCUGAGGCUGAUGGAAACUACAAACGACUUAGCAGGAGUACCUUUGCAAAGUGUUCCAGCCUCUGGAAUAAGAGCUCCCGCUCUGUUCAAGUUGCAGAAAUGGUUAUAGAGAAGUGUGGCUUAAGUUUGAUCAAACCAAAUGCAACUCGAUGGAAUUCCAUUUUUAUGGCUGUCCAACGCAUCAAUCGAAUCAUCAAGGAAAAAGGAGAAAAUGUCAUUCAUAGUGUCUGCUCCCUGGCAGAUGUUCCUAAGUACAGUAUACUUUAUAAUUGUAACUUUGUGCAUGGGAUGGUUGACUGAAAUUAUGAUUUAUGAACAUAUACACUAAACACUCAGCAUAUGACAUAGUAGAAUUUAGUGAGCUAGCUAAGUGUAUUUGUUUCUGUUUAGAUUUAAACAUGCAGAAAUUUCAUUCCUUAAUCAUUAUGCUCAAGUGAUGAAACCAGUAGCUCAAGCACUUAACAUUUUACAGGGAGAAACAAACCACUCGAAUGCAUACAUGGGUUAUCUAGCACCAACGAUAACUAUACUGAGAGAUAAGCUUUCAAAGAAGUUGGGUAUUCCAGUUACGAAACCAUUGGUCCAAGAAUUAUUAAAUGGAAUUGAUAAGCGAUUUGAUUCAAUACUAAAUGACAAAAAGAUCAUUGCUGCUGCAAUUCUUCACCCCAAAUUUAAAGAAAGCUGGUCUACUGAUUGUGAUGUUAUUGAAAGAGGUAACAAAUACAAUACAACUUGAAUAUGAAGUGAAUUAGUAAGGAUUCCCAUUAUAGACAGCAUGGAUUUAUUUAAACUUGUGGGAUUUGUUUAUAAAUUUUAGGCAUUUCCUUCAUAAAUGAGAAAUUAGAAGGUUUGGUAGAACCAGUAGUUGAUGAACCUGGACAGUCCUCUUCAGAGGAUCAAGAUGAGACAGAUUUCUUCCAAGCUAAGUACAGGAGAUCAAGUGAUUGUACUUUAAAGUCAUUUCUUGAGAGUCCUGUUGAAAAACUUUGUGAUCAUGCAAGAUGGCCCUUGCUUCGCAAACUCUUUAUUGAGCUCAACACACCAUUGCCAGCCAGUGCUGCUUGUGAAAGACUUUUUAGUGCUGGUGGAUUGAUCUUCAGGCCACAUCGCUAUGGUUGGCGAUUUGUUUCAAAAUUCAACAGAGAAUAUUUGUUCAACUUCAAGAGUUUGCAUUCAUAUUCAAGAAAAAUAUUCAUUCAACUUCAACAAAUUUAUUCAUAUUCAAGAAAAAUAUUCAUAUUCAACAUAAAUAUUCAUUCAACUUCAACAAAAAUAUUCAUUCAUAUUCAACAUAAAUAUUCAUUCAUAUUCAACAUAAAUAUUCAUUCAACUUCAACAAAAAUAUUCAUUCAACUUCAACAAAAAUAUUCAUUCAAUUUCAACAAAAAUAUUCAUUCAACUUCAACAAAAAUAUUCAUUCAUAUUCAACAUAAAUAUUCAUUCAACUUCAACAUAAAUAUUCAUUCAUAUUCAACAUAAAUAUUCAUUCAACUUCAACAUAAAUAUUCAUUCAACAGAAAUAUUAUUUUGUAUUCAAGCUCAAAAAAUAUAUAUUCAAGGAUUUCAAGGCCUCAACCCUCACGUCGGCCUGCUCGCAGGCUACAAACUACAAUUCAUCAUGGCGGAAAAUUUGGAAGUAAACGAAGAUAUAAACGUUUCGCAGCAGCUAGAGCAAUUCUUCCAAGAUAUUGAUAACCUGUUGAGUACGUGCGACCAAGAAAGAAAUACGAUAUCCCGACCCUUGAUCGAGAGAAUAAUAAGCAAGUUAGAACUGAGUAUAGAGGUAAUACUGCAAAUUAUUCCAUUACUAAUUGAGAGUAGAAGUGUCGUGAACGAAAUUGGCACAAAUCUUCAGAUUAUCCGUCGUGAUUGGUGUCGGAAAAUUCAAGAAUUGGAGUUACGACGUCCGCCUAAUUGUACCCAUUUAGCUGUAUACUCGCUUUAUCCACCACAAGUGACGGCCCCAGAAGGACCUGGAAGACCGAAGUACGACAUUUCAGAGGAAGUAUUACUUAAUCUUAGAGCCCUGGGUUACUCCUGGAAAGAAAUAUCGUCUCUUCUUCUUGUUUCACGAACGACUUUGUGGCGAAGAGUUGCAGAGCUUGGAAUAAGAGAGGAAACAGGUUUUUCUAAUAUUUCUGAUGAACAACUUGACCAAUUUGUUAAAGCAUUUAUUGAUACCCAUGGUUUCCAUGUUGGAUUUUCAAUGGUCUAUGGUCAUCUUCGUUCCACUAGAUUGAAAGUGCAGAGUGUUCGUGCUAGCUUGAGAAGAGUGGAUCCAGAAAAUUCUGGCUUAAGAUGGGCCACAGUAAUCACUAGACGAACCUAUUCUGUGCCUGGCCCCAAUAGUCUUUGGCACAUAGACGGUCACCAUAGUCUAAUUAAUUGGGGAUUUGUAAUCCAUGGUGCCAUUGAUGGAUUUUCACGGCUUAUUUGUUUCUUAAAGUGUUCUACAAACAAUAAGAAAGAAACUGUUGAAGCUUUGUUUAUUGAAGCUACUGAGAAGUAUUCUUGGCCGUCACGUGUAAGAACAGACUAUGGUGGUGAGAACACUUUAGUAUGGCAACACAUGCGAGACGUGGUGAGAACCGGGGAUCUGCAUUGGUGGGAAGUUCAACACAAAACCAAAGAAUUGAACGCUUGUGGCGAGAUUUAUUUCGAUGCGUCUGCAGCACAUCUUACUACACCUUUAUUGCAAUGGAGGAAGCAGGCAUACUUGAUCGCAACAGUACUUUGCAUCUGUUUAUUCUCCACUACAUAUACUUACCAAGAGUAAAUGUUGCAAUUGAUAGCUUUACUAGGGCUUGGAAUAGACAUCCCAUGAGGACAGAGAGGAACUGGUCACCGGAGAGAAUGUGGACAAAUGGGAUGAUAGACGUUACGAACCGGAAUCUAUCAGCUGUAGCCGAUGACAGAGAUGAAAACAAUGAUGUCCAAGAUUUUGAUUGGUUUGGCCAGGAUCCUCAUGCACCCCUUCCUCCUGAUGAUGGACUGUCAACUGUAGAGGUCAAUGAAAUUCAGGUUGACCUACCUGAAGAAAUAAUCCAGGUGUUGUAUCAGGAAGUCAACCCACUCUUGGAAUCUGCAACGUUUGGCGUUGAUUGCUAUCAAGUAGCUUUGGAUCUUGUUGAAAACAUGCUUUCCCCUUAA